UGCAGGUGUAGGUAACCAAAAAAGAAUCCGGUAGGGUACCUAGGUGUCACUCCGUUGUCGUGUCGUCGCUGGCUUGGUGAUGGGCAAUUCGCAGUGCUUGAAGCGCUGGUAACAGCCGUAGGACUUUUGGUGCUGAGCUGAGAGCAUCUCUGUGGCCAGCUCGGUGACAUUCCGCUAUUUGCAGACCAGUGCACAGGCCCACCGAAUCCAACUAUGUCUUGCAGCAGCAGCCUGAAGCCGCAGCCGAUGGUGCGUCGCAUUGUGCGCCGCCCGCUGCAGUUCGCGUCGCCCGCAAAGGAGCAACAAUACCGCGCUGAAAUGGACCACGUGCAGCAAUAUAUCUGUGAACAGGUCGGCGGGCUCGAUGAGGCUUCGAGCCAACUGCUUGGCGUGCACGAUAGUCGCUCCCGUAGCCAAUACGAGGAGAUCCAGGAGUUCCUCGAGCGAAAAAGCCAGCUCGAGAAGCAGCAGCGACAACAAACUGUUCCGCCCGAGCGCGUGCUUAUCCGCAGCCUCGACGAAUACCUGAACGAGCUGGAUCCGAGCCUAUUCGUCGAGUACGCAUCGGUCACGCCCAAGCGCCUCGCAGUCGCUAACUUGCCGGCGCACAGCAGUUACAUCCGCCGAAAGCAGGAGGAAGCCAUACUUGCGCGCAUGUGGACCAAGUACCAGACUGCCGAAGCUGAGCGCUGCGCAAUUACCUCGUUCCCGUGUGGCGGUCCACUCAAGCGCCAACGAGUCAUGUGAACGAUAAUAGAACCUAUAGAGCUAGCAGGGGCUUGGACUCCAAGUUGGAGGGCCAGACCCCCGCCAACGAGCAGAGCCCUCAGUAUAGUAACAACAGCCAAAGUAAUUUAUCUAUCGCCCAUGAGGAGGCCUUCUUCGUGCCGUAAACGCUUUUCACUUCUUCUUCUCGCUUUUAUGGAAUAAGGGACUCCCAACGACCAGCUGGAUCCAUGCCAUCAACAAGUAUCCAGGGGACAAGGCAACGAUAAAGAUACAAUACCCACAUUAAAUCAAAGACUCCUAAUUAACAAGUCAGG